GGCGUGGCCAUCGCAUGGCCGCCUCGUGAAGCUGGAAAGUGCGCCAGGCGUUGCGGGAAAAAAGACUAUGCUGUAAUUCCAAAGGUACUCUUUAAAUUAAGAAAAUGCCUGCUGUCUGUGAUUCUCUUCUUGAAGAUAUUGAAGAUAUUGUGUCAGCGCAAGACCCAAAGCCUCAUGAUUGGCGUUUCAGGAAAGCAGACAUUAUUCCUAAAGUGCGCAAACGCAAUUCACAAAAGAAUGUAGAAGCUGAUGAUGAUCCUCCAAGUGACAGUGUUAUUCCUGGUAUACAAAAAAUCUGGAUACGUACAUGGGGCUGUUCUCAUAAUAAUUCAGAUGGAGAAUACAUGGCUGGACAAUUGGCCGCUUAUGGAUACAAAAUUACAGAGAAUGCCCCAGAAGCAGACCUGUGGCUACUGAACAGCUGCACUGUAAAGAACCCAGCAGAAGACCACUUUAGAAACUCCAUUAAGAGAGCACAAGAAGGCAAAAAGAAAGUUGUCUUAGCUGGAUGUGUUCCACAAGCCCAGCCUCGCCAAGAAUACCUACAAGGCCUGAGUAUUAUUGGGGUCCAGCAGAUAGAUCGUGUAGUAGAAGUAGUUGAGGAGACUAUCAAAGGUCACUCUGUGAGAUUGCUGGGUCAGAAAAAGGAUAAUGGAAAACGGUUGGGGGGAGCUCGAUUGGAUUUGCCCAAGAUUAGAAAGAACCCACUGAUAGAAAUAAUUUCCAUCAAUACAGGGUGCCUGAAUGCAUGUACAUAUUGUAAAACCAAACAUGCCAGAGGAGAUCUAGCAAGUUAUCCUGUUCAAGAGCUGGUAGACAGAGCUAAACAGUCUUUUCAAG